CCGGACCAAGACCACCAAAUCCUGGAUCUCAACCCGGACCUGAUCUGAACCAGUCUGGACCUUCGCACAAGUCCUGGAUUCUAACCGGUCUCAGGCCUGAUUUAGAUCUGGAUCACCGAGUCCUGCGUCGGAUCGGAUUACACGGUCCCGGUUUUGAGCUGGAGCGCAGAGACCUGCUGUAGUCCUGGUUUAUAACCGGAUUUUUAAGUCCUGCUUUUGGAACUAGACCGGUUUGUGGAUACUGGGUCAGAUUUGAGCGGAAAAACUGGACAGAUCCAUGGGAGUCCAGGAAUCAUGACCGAGACUGUGGAAGUGACUCGCUCGUCCGGCUCGUCCACCAUGGUGAUCGAGGGUCGUCCAGCAGAGGGCGCCGCGCUCAAACCUCGCCGGACCUUCUCAGACGAGGUUUACUCCACGUUCAGUUCGCCGCUCGCCUGGGUCCUGGUGGUGGCGCUGCUGGUCACGUGGACCUGCGUGUUUGUCAUCCUGUUCGACCUGAGCCACACCUCCACAGGUGCAGUGGAGCGUCCCUCUGACCCUCUGCGUUUGGUGAAAGGAGCUGCAGAAGAAUCACUGAACCUCGUCUCCACCGUCCUGAGAUUCGCCGCCGGACUGGUCGCCCCCGACGACGAGGACGGAAACUUGUACGCGGUGCGUAAAAAAGCGGUGAGCUGGCUGGACGAGGACGAGCCUGUGGGGGGCGCUCUGGAGCUCAACGCUUCUGCAGGAGGUGAAUUCCUUCCGUCUCGGGGCAAAGUGAUCACGAUGCAAACCAAGAAGAAACUGCCCGUGAUCGAAGUGGUGGAGGACGAGGACGAGGACAAGGAACCCGACGAGGAACUAGGAGACGAGGAACUAGAAGCUGAGGAGGAGGAAGAGGAGGAAGAAGAAGAAGAGGAGGAAGAGGAGGAGGGGUUAGAGGAGGAAGAGGAGGAAGAGGAGGAGGAAGAGGAGGAAGAGGAGGAGGAAGAGGAGGAAGAGGAGGAGGAAGAGGAGGAAGAGGAGGAAGAGGAGGAAGAGGAGGAAGAGGAGGAGGGGGAGGAGUUAGGUGAGAAAAUGCUAGAGGAGGAAGAGGAGGAGGAAGAGGAGGAGGAGACAGGUGAGAAAAGAGAAGAACUGGAGGAGGAAGAAGAAGAGGAAGAGGAGGGUGAAGAGGAGGAGGAAGAGGAAGAGCAGACAGAACCAGCUGAGGAGGAAGACGAGGAGGCAGAGGAAGAGGAGGAGGAGGAAGAGGAGGAGGAGAUGGAAGCAGUUGAGGAGGCAGAGGAAGAGGAGGAAGAGGAGGAGCCUUCUGCAGAAGAGGAAGAAGAAGAAGAAGAAGAAGAGGAGGAGGAGAUAGAAACAGCUGCAGAGGAGGAGGAAGAGGAGGAGGAGGAGGAAGAGGAGGAAGUGGCUGAGGAUGCAGAGUCAGAAGCAGAAGAUGAAGAUGAGGAGGAGGAAGAGGAGGAGGAAGAGGAGGAUGAAGAGGAAGAGGAGGAAGAAGAGCCAGGAGAGGAGGAAGAGGAAGAAGAGGAAGAAGAGGAAGAGGAGGAAGAGGCUGCAGCAGAGGAAGAGGAGGGAGCAGAGGAAGAGGAAGCUCUGACUGAGAGUGAUGAAGAGGAGGAAGAGGAGGGAGAAGAAGAGGCAGAAAUGGACGAGGACGCAGAGGAGGACGAGGACGCAGAGGAGGACGAGGACGCAGAGGAGGACGAGGACGCAGACGAGGCUCCUGAACCUGUGUCCAGCGAUGAAGAGGAGGACAGUGAUGCAGAGGAAGAGGAGGAGAGCAGUGAGGAAGAGGAGGGGCUCUCUGACUCCUCCUCUGUCCUCAGCCAAUCAGAACUGCUCUCCUCUGACGCAGAGGAAGAGGAGGGUGAGGAAGAGGAGGAGGAGGGCGCAGAGGAUGAAGACGCAGAGGAGGAGCUCAAGAUCACAGAAACUGAUGAAGACGCAGAGGAAGAGGAGCUCAAAGUCGCCGCCGAAACAGAAGCUCUGGAUUUGUCUGAAGAAGACGAGGAAGAGGAGGAGGAGGAGGGAGCAGAGGAAGAGGGGGCGCUCUUCGCAGACGACGAAGACGACAGCGAAGAGGAGGAGAGCGAAGAGGAGGCAGCUGUCGUUCAACCUGAAGAAGAGGAAGAAGAUGUGACACCAGAGGAAGAGGAAGAGAAGGAGGGUGCAGAGGAAGAGGAGGUGGAGGAGGAAGAGGAGGAGGAAGAGGAGGAGGACUUGGCCUCAGCAGAAACCACGGACAGCGGAGUUUUAGGAGACGAUGAAGAUGAGACCGAAGAAGAAGAGGAGGUUCUCACCACUGACGCAGAAGAAGACACUGAGGAAGAGGAAGAGGAAGAGGAGGAGGCAGUAGCAGAGGAAGAGGAGGGAGUAGAGGAAGAGGAGGCUGUACCGGAGGUGGAAGCGGAGGAGGAAGAGGAGGAGGGUGCAGAGGAGGAAGAGGAGGAGGGUGCAGAGGAGGAAGAGGAGGAGGGUGCAGAGGAGGACAGCAGUUCUGUGGAGGUGGAUCUGGACGAGUCGGACACUGACGCAGAGGAUGAAGAGCUGACGUCAGAGUCUGAGGUGAUCACCAGCUCUGACGAAGAGGAGGAAGAGGAGGAGGAGGAGGAAGAGGAGGAGCAGCAGAAGGGAGAGGACGCAGAGGAAGAGGGAGAUGCAGAGGAUGAAGAGCUGGCAGGUUCAGCUGCAGCGACUCUGAGCGUCCAGGGGGAGGAGCCACAGGCCGAGGGGGAGGAGCCACAGGCCGAGGGGGAGGAGCCACAGGCCGAGGGGGAGGAGCCACAGGCCGAGGGGGAGGAGACAGGUGAGGCAUGA